ACGAAUGGCGGCCUGGCGGGGGGCGCCAUUGUAGCGUAGCGUGGCGUGGUUGCCUGGUUGGUCUGUUCAACUUUGCCGUUCGUGAUCUGUGUGGUUCUUGUUCGUUGAUUUCAUUGACACACGGCCACGCUUUCUUGAUCAACUUCUAGCAUUUAAUCUAGGAUUUAGUUAAUAUGGGUGACCCGGGUGAUUAUAGUGGUGGAUACUCUGCUCAAUAUUCUGUUCCACCACCAGCUAUGGCUUCUGGUGAUAAUAGUUAUUCUGGCUCUGGUCAGGGAUAUCAAAGCAGUUAUGGUUCUGGCCAAAACCAAGAUUGGAACCAACCAAACACCGGAGGUAAUGCUUAUGGAAGUGGCCAACAAGGAAAUAAUUAUGGCCAAAGCUAUGAUUCUUCAAACUACAGUAGUGGUGGUAGUGGAGGUGGUUAUGAUAGAAACAACAGCGGUGGCUACAAUGUAAGUGGUGGUGACCGUGGCAGCAGUAAUUACUAUGGCGGUGGUGACCGUGGAGGAUCAAAUUAUGGUGGAGACAGAGAUCGUGACAGACAAGGAUACUCUGGUGGUGGAGGCAAUGGUGAUCGAGGAGGGUUUGGAGGAGGUGAUCGAGGCUACAAUAGAGAUGGGGGGAAUAGAGAUGGUGGAUAUGGUGGCGGCGGCAGGGGGGGUGGUUAUAAUAAAGGUGGCGGCGGUGGAUACGGCGGCGACCGAGGUGGGGGUGACAUGGUGACUCAGGAAGACACGAUUUUCAUUCAAGGAAUGAAUCCAUCUACAACUGAAGAUGAGCUAUGUCAGCACUUUGGUUCUAUUGGUAUUAUUAAGACCGACAAGAAAACUCAAAGACCAAAGGUCUGGAUGUAUAAAGAUAAAGUAUCUGGACAACCAAAAGGAGAAGCUACUGUGACUUAUGAAGACUCUAAUGCCGCAUCCUCAGCUAUUCAAUGGUUUGACGGAAAAGAUUUCAAUGGAGCUACAAUCAAAGUAUCUCUAGCUCAACGCCAAAAUACAUGGGGUGGUAACAAAGGAGGUGGCGGCGGUGGAUUCCGUGGAGGGCGCGGGGGUGGCGGCGGCCGCGGCGGUGGUGGCGGCGGCGGCGGCGGCGGCGGCCCAAGAGGUGGAGGCAGUUCAGGCGGAGGUGGUGGCCUGCCUUCUGGCAAUAGAGCCGGUGAUUGGAGAUGUCCUAAUCCAAGCUGUGGAAAUACAAACUUUUCUUGGAGAAAAGCAUGCAACAGGUGUAAUGAGGAGAAACCAGAGGGUGCCGGCGGUGCAAGUGGCGGUCCUCCGUCGGGCGGUAAUGGACGCGGUGGUGGCGGCGGCGGCGGUGGUCCACCUGGCCGCGGAGGUCGCGGAGGCGGUGGACGAGGCGGCGGUGGCUGGGGCGGCGGCGGCGGCGGCCGCGGGGAUCGAGGAGGAGACCGUGGUGGCGACCGCCGCAGUUACGGCAGUGGUGGCGGCGGAGACCGCGGCAGUGGCGGCGGCGCAAUGAGGAGUGACGGCGGGGGCCGGGACCGCCAAAGACCAUAUUGAUUAAAUUAAUAUUACCUUUAUUUAGAUGUAAUAAGUUUGUUUUGUAAUUACGAAUUGACUUACCGUAUAGUUGUUCUUUCUUGUAUAAAAUCACCUAUCUAGUAAGAUACUUAUACCAUUUAAGUGUGAAAGUUCAUGAUACAAUAGCUUGAAUAGUCAAAUCUAUUGAAAAUCGUAUAGAAAAUGAAAAACUAGCUACUUCAUUGUAAAAUGACAAUGAGAGUUAUAUUUUCUAAAUACAUAAGGUAUUUUUUUAAAACAUUAAGUUUACAAUUGUACAACAAUACUAUUUUGUUCUUCAUCGAUUCUUACCGUCGUCGUAGAUAAAAGUCGUGUGAAUGAUGUUGGAAUUUGUAUGUAAAUGAGUUUCUUUUAUUUUACAAAUACAUUUUACAAUGUAGCAUUUCUACUAUAAUCUUAACUUUUAACUCAAUUCAUAAUUUAUAAUACAUAACAGUUUUAAUGUUGCAACAUUUUGAGAACUUAUCGAAUCGGGAAUAAAAUAGAGUUGUAUCUAUUAGAAAUUAACGAUUAGGUAGUAGACCAAUCAGUUAUUAGUUUCGUUAUAACUUUCACUGUUGUCACCCUUAAAAUUGUGAUCGAGUUCAGAUUAUAGUUGAAUUAAAGUUCAUACUAUAGGCAUAAUGCAUCCUUCUCUAGCUUAGUUUCUAAUCAAAAUAAGUUGUUUCCACAUGGUAUAUAUUUUUGCAUUUUUUAUUUAUUAUCCAUUAAGGAUGAAUAGUAUUAUGUAUUUGAAACUUUGUAUGCAUUCAUUAAAUAGUUAUAAUAGUGA